AUGGAUGGAGAUCUGGAUUCGAGGAAGCGGAAGAGAACCUCUCACGCGUGUGACGCGUGCCGCCAUCGCAAAGUCCGAUGCGACGGCCGUCAGCCCUGUGCAACCUGCUCGGCAACAGCUGAAGACUGUCUCUACGGUGCAGAGGCGAUACCCAAGAGCAAGUCUGAUCUGAUCCUGGAUGUGGUCCUCCGUUCAGAGAACCUGCUGCGUGAGAUGUCUGCCCAUAUGCAGCAGACUGUUCUGGGCCCAACAACCCCCGUAGACCCCCGAAUAGCUUCAUCGCCCCUUGCAUUCUUCUCCCCUCCCACAAUUGAUUCCCAUCGCCCUGUGACAUCCCCUGACCAGAUCUCCAAUGCGAUUCUGUCGCAAUUCCAUUCGUCAACAACCGAGUCGAUCCUAGCUUGGCCUCAUUUCAAAGAGUUCCAUCCGCUGCGACAGAACUAUCAGGGCUCUGUGUUUUACCUAGAAAGCCAGCGUUCCCCGUUCAAGCAUCGAACUACCGGCACCCUACCCUACGUAGGUAAAGCAGAGCUCGAUAACAUCCUUCACAGCUUUGAGCAGAAUGUCAACUUCUGGUAUCCGACCUUGUCUCGGAAUAGGAGUACCGAAGUGGAGAUCCACAUCCUGUCGAACAGUCUAGAUGAGGGCAUCGCCUCUUGUCUGGCUUUGCUGGUCAUGGCCCUUGGCUGUGCCAGUGAGCUGAUUCGCUCUGUUAGAUCAGACGCCACUGCGAGCCCUGAUGAGCUGGAGCAGCGACAUCGAUGGCAGCUUAUGAGUGGCUUAUACUUUGACCUUGCCUUCAAGAAGAUAUAUCUCGCCCAGGCAGAAUGUACCACAGAAGCUGUGCAAUGUCUGUUCUUCACAGCUAUAUUCUUUGCUUUCCUUCAACGCCCUAUACAAGCGUGGUCCUUUAUCAGCGCCGCCGCAGUCAAAUGUCGCUUACUGCUGUCAUAUCCCGCAUCCGAGGCCGAACCACAGCACCUCGAGUGCCUUCGCCGGAUAUUCUGGUCAUGCUAUAUUCUAGAAAGUGACUACCUCGCCGAACUCGCCGCCCUUCCUCAAACUGGCAUUGCCGAUAUCGAAUCGUCCAUCCCACUACCAGGAGAAUACCACACGCACACCAGUCCAACAACAGAAGAACAGUCCUCCCUGUACUUCCUUGCGUGUAUAUCCAUGCGCCGCCUCCUCAACCGAGUCCACGACCUCCUCUACGCACGCAACAACGGCGUCGCCUCAGAUAUAUACCAAUUCCCAUCCGUCGUGGCAGAACUAGACCACCAGCUAGAAAAAUGGAAAGACCUCCUCCCGCCGCCAUUCCAAUUCACCGAGGACCGCGAACCGGCAGGGUCCACUGAAGCAGGCUUCCUGCGGCAGCGAUACCUCACUUGUAAAAGCGUCAUAUACCGACCGUACCUUACCUGGGCGCUGUCGCUUACAACACGAGGCGAGACGGUGUCUCCAGCCGUAUAUGAAGGAUGCAAGACAUGCCUCCAGGCUUGCUGCCUGCAUGCUCAGAACCUGCAUGGAUUUCCGCAGACGAUUAUGGUUGAUACGUGGAUUUGCUCUCUUUCGAUGGCAUCUGUUAUGCUUAUUACCCUGGCGACUGCACGAGAGGUUUCCCUGCGGAGCUGUCUUCCGGCUAAUGUGACCGAUAUAGGGCCUCAUCUGGGAAAAUACCUGACGCAGUGGAUGCGCGUCCCUGGCCAUGGGGUGUCACCGAGUGUGAUGCAGAGUAUCCGAUUGAUUGAGGAUGCCAGUGUAUCUUUGCAGGAUAUUCUAGAUGCAUAA